CUCAAUCUCAUCUUCCUGGUCAUCACCAUGUACAAAAUGGUGAAGCACUCCACUACUCUGAAACCAGACUCCAGCAGACUGGAGAACAUCAAGUAAGUAGAGCUUCUGGGAAAUCGCACAUUUUCCCAUAUUCUUGGCAAUAGACAGAUAUUUCCUCAAGCCCAUAAAGACAAUACUACUGUAUGGCAUAGUAAAUUUUUUCAAUGUACUGUAGAGGUAAUGUUUUUGAUAAGUCGAAUUUGCUUCCUUGUCGGUAGCAUUAAUGUAUCUGUAUCUUGCCUCCCCUCUGGUACACAUUGAAAUUGUCCAGACAGAACAUUUACCAGAGGAAUUCCAAUUGAUCUCCAGAGAGAUCAAAUUUUACACAGAGGCUAGUGGUUUCGAGUGGGGCAUUAUGGCAUGACCGUCCUGCAAUGAUGACAACAUUUACUUUGUGAAUGGUCUUUAGUCUUUGUUGUAUCCCUCUGUGUCAGCGACCACAGGAUUGUGUUGGCAUGGCACACACCAUUCGGAGGCUUCUGGCUCAAAGUAUGCGCUGUUAGGGCUUCAGGGUGGGGUGAGUGGAAGCACUAUCAUGUGUUUCCCAUGGAACAAAAACAAUUUGAGUCCCAGAAAAUGUGAGUCCCACAACCCUGGCGUUGCAAGCGCCAUGCUCUACCAACUGAGCUUGAAAUCAGUGAGUAAAAUACAGGGGCUCCUGAAAGACAUGGGCAUUUUGGUUUGUUGGUUAGGGAGUGUUAUUUUUGAUGCCAUGGCUUGGUUGCAUAGACUAACCCUAACCAAUUCACACCAUGACAUUAUAACAUCAACUCAGUUUCAUCCCACUGUGUGUAGGAGCACUGAUGCAUUUAUUUUGACCAAUGUUUAUUAUUAUUUAUUUCCUUGAUGACCAUAGUUUACUAUAUGGAGCCACCAUUAAGAUAUAGUGGUGAAACUACUCGCCGGAGUAGUGGUGAACAUGUUUUUGGCCCAAUUCCUACUAUUCAACCAACUUUAUUUUUGUGAUCCUAGUAGUGCCAAUAAACAUCCAGUUCACCUCUACAAUGUUUAAUGCAAUGCAUUAGGUGGUUAUGUGUUUUAAAUGUGCACAUUUGUUCCAUUCAUGUUGCAGUUUAAUCACUUAUCAUUUAGUGGAUAUUGUCUUUUCGGUGUAUAAUGAAACUACACUGCAUAAAUGUUUGGGAUAUAAGUAUUACUGUAUUGUCUGUUGCCUUCUUGUGGUCUUAUGUUGUCUGCACCAAUCCUCAAGGACUUUGGUUUGUCAACCACAUAGAUGGGGGAUGGAAAUCAGCAUAGCACCAGUGUCAUUGCAUGUUGCAUGUCAAAGAGAAAGCUAAUCUGCAGCGUCUCUCGUUUCUUUUCCUGUUGCGUUUCUUCUCUUCUCUCUGUCCUGUCUUCCACACCAGUAAUUAUCGUGUUUGUGACGGCUACUAUAAUACCGAUUUGCCUGGGUAAGCUUUCACCAUACAUUUCCCCCAAAUUGUCUUCAUCGCAGAGCGGACAUAGUAGCAUAAACACAAAUUGAACCGCACACAAGUGAUUUGAACUGACCGGUUUACACAUUUUGUAAUUUCAUCAACAGCCAAAUACACACACACUCUCGCUUCUUGUUAGCCUCUUAAUUUCAUUCCAUCGUAAUUUUCCUAUGAUCAAAGGUGAAAAUCUCUGCCUCAAAAUGCCAACUAACCACGCUGUGAUGCGUCUGAUCUAAUUUGUGUUUCUCUUUCCCGCUUAUCAUGCUCUCUAGCUAUGAAGAUAAUAAACCAUUUAUCAAGUAAGGACAUUAGCCCCAGAAGUCUGAAUCUGUUCUUCAGCCUGUAGUUGAUUUUCCUCACCAGUCUGCCUCUCUCUCUCUCUCUCUCUCUCUCUCUCUCUCUCUCUCUCGCUUUCUCUCUGUGGUCACUCCAAGGUGCUCCUCAUUUUCUUUCCUUACUGUUCACAUCCCCCAUGUCUGUCCGUCCAUCCGUCCGUCAGUCCGUCGCGUCUCUAUCCAGUUUGCUGUUGUGUGUCUUGACCUCUGACCUGUGAAGGUGUUUGAAGGCUCCAUAGGACCUUUAAACAACCGGCUGCAGGCUUUCCUCUAUAGAAAUAAUAAAUAUAUUAUAGACUUGUUGAAAGGAUUUCAGGCAACUGAAAGCCAAAACACAGGUAGUCAUUUUUAACGAGUCUGAUUUCCUGUUUCACCUCCCCCCCCCGAUAUGAUACCUAAAGAACAGGAUCUGUAGUCAAGCUUGAGUGUCCCAUAAACAUUGUGUGAAUGUUGUCUGAGUUUUUGGUCUCCUUGGCUGAAUCUACCGGUGUAGAUUUCCAGCUUGUCCACCUGUCAUGGUUUAGCUAGCACAGACUGAUCAUUAUUCCAAGGGAACACAAUAUCUCCCUCACACUGGAUUUCCCUUUUGUUUUUGUUUGUUGAUUUGUUUGUUCAGAUCCUGGGUCCUGGGGGCGUUUGCACUGCUUUGCCUGAUGGGACUCGCGUGGUCGUUCGGCUUGUUCUUUAUCAACGAGUCCUCUGUGGUGAUGGCCUACCUCUUCACAAUAUUCAACACCUUCCAAGGAAUGUUCAUCUUAAUUUUCCACUGCAUUCUCCAGAAAAAAGUAGGUUUGCUUCCUUAUACGUUUGCACUAUAAUUUUGCACAAACACUGUGAUCAUCUAGAUGAGACUGAAUCAAUUGUCACUUUAAACAGUUUAGGAGAGAGUGGGGUAAAUUGAGCCAAAGGGUUAGUUGAGUCACCCUUUGUUUCUAGGAGACCAUACACAAAAUUAAUAAUGUAACCAAAUAUUUAGGAAGAGGUCAUAAUUUCAUGGAGUCUGUGAAGGAAGAAACCACAUCGAAAAAGUGGUAAGUUAGGUCCGAAAAACUAAUUUUCACCAAGUCAAAUGAAUUUACUGUGUUAUAGGUUUCAUGAUUCUUCUAUCUAAACCAAAGUAUAUUGUUUUGAGAUUGUUUUGUACAUCAGUUGGGGUCUCUAUAAGCUACAAUAUGAGGUCCUAAACCUAGCAUGAAAGUGCAUCCUUGUAGCUGUGUGGGCUAAUACAGUCAACAUUUUGCCUUGGGGUAAGUUGAGCCAAUGGCCACUAUAUCCAAUACAAAUUAUGAUUACAUUUUGUCAGUUUUAUCCACAAUAUGCAUAGAAUUUUUCUAAUGUGUAACGCAUACAGUACCAGUCAAAGGUUUGGACACACCUACUCAUUCAAGGUUUUUUCUUUAUUUUUACUAUUUUCUACAUUGUAGAAUAAUAGUGAAGACAUCAAAACUAUAAAAUAACACAUAUGGAAUCAUGUAGUAACCAAAAAAGUGUUAAACAAAUGAAAAUAUAUUUUAUAUUUGAGAUUCUUCAAAGUAGCCACCCUUUGCCUUGAUGACAGCUUUGCACACUCUUAGCAUUCUUUCAACCACCUUCAUGAGGUAGUCACCUGGAAUUACUUUCAAUUAACAGGUGUGCCUUGUUAAAAGUUAAUUUGUGGAAUUUCUUUCCUUCUUAAUGCGUUUGAGCCAAUCAGUUGUGUUGUGACAAGGUAGGGGUGGUAUACAGAAGAUAGCCCUAUAUGAUUAAAGACCAAGUCCAUAUUAUUGCAAGAACAGCUCAAAUAAGCAAAGAGAAAAGACAGUCCAUCAUUACUUUAAGACAUGAAGGUCAGUCAAUCCGGAAAAUUGGCUCUCAUGAGGACCGCCACAGGAAAGGAAGACCCAGAGUUACCUCUGCUGCAGAGGAUACGUUCAUUAGAGUUACCAGCCUCAAAUAAAUGUUUCACAGAGUUCAAGUAACAGACACAUCUCAACUUCAACUGUUCAGAGGAGACUGCGUGAAUCAGGCCUUCAUGGUCGAUUGGUGCAAAGAAGCCACUACUAAAGGACACCAAUAAGAAGAAGAGACUUGCUUGGGCCAAGAAACACCAGCAAUGGACAUUAGACAGGUGGAAAUCUGUACUUUGGUCUGAUGAGUCCAAAUUUGAGAUGCAGAGUAGGUGAACAGGUGAUCUCCGCAUGUGUUGUUCCCACCGUGAAGCAUGGAGGAGGAGGUGUAAUAGUGUGGGGGUGCUUUGCUGGUGACACUGUCUGUGAUUUAUUUAGAUUUCAAGGCACACUUAACCAGCAUGGCUACCACAGCAUUCUGCAGCGAUACGCCAUCCCAUCUGGUUUGCGCUUAGUGGGACUAUCGUUUGUUUUUCAACAGGACAAUGACCCAAAACACACCUCCAGGCUGUGUAAGGGCUAUUUGACCAAGAAGGAGAGUGAUGGAGUGCUGCAUCAGAUGACCUGGCCUCCACAAUCACCCAACCUCAAACCAAUUGAGAUGGUUUGGGAUGAGUUGGACCGCAGAGAGAAGGAAAAGCAGCCAACAAGUGCUCAGCAUAUGUGGGAAAUCCUUCAAGACUGUUGUAAAAGCAUUCCUCAUGAAGCUGGUUGAGAGAAUGCCAAGAGUGUGCAAAGCUGUCAUCAAGGCAAAGGGUGGCUACUUUGAAGAAUCUAACAUAUAAAAUAUAUUUUGAUUUGUUUAACACUUUUUUUGUUACUACAUGAUUCCAUAUGUGCUAUUUCAUGGUUUUGAUGACUUCACUAUUAUUCAACAAUGUAGAAAAUAGUAAAAAUAAAGAAAAAUCCUUGAAUGAGUAGGUGAAAAUUCUUGAAUGAGUCCUAACUUUUGACUGGUACUGUAUGAACUCAAGAUUUUUGUUACAGAGCAGACAUCAUCAUGCACAGUAAACAAGCAGGGGUCUAGCCCCCCUUGAGGUUCUUGAGAGAGCAGCCAAGGAAGUGAGAGAAGGGAAGAAGUCCAUUUGAGCAGCAAUAAGUGAUGAAAAAAUAGACUGAAUGACACUGAAGAGGUACAUUGACAAAAAAGACCUGUGUACCUGUGCGAAAGAGAGGCUAUAAUACAGUAGCAGAGGUGCACAACAUCUUAUCUGAUGAAAUGGAGUCUGAGCUUGCUAACCAUAUCAAUAAUCUUGCAGACCAGUUUUAUGGGCUUAGUAGCCUCAAAUGCAGAGAACUUGCCUACGAAUUAGCACAUCGAAACAACAUCCAUGUCCCAGACAACUGGUCAAGAAAUGGAAGGGUAAGUAAUGUUGAACAGAGAGAUCUGUAUCUGAAUGUAGGCAUACAUUUAAGAUAUACAAUUUACCAAACCCCCAUUCCUUGAAUUCAACUUUGACCUACCAGCACCAUCACCCACUGUCACAGGACACCAGUCCCCACUUACCCCAAGGUGGAUCAACUUACCCUGUUUCAAUGCUCAACUUAACCCAUACCCAGACCACUUUUUUUGAACAAGCUAUGUUUUCAAAACUGUUAUGGUUACAUGAAUUCUGGUUAUUUCCAGGGAUACACAACAUCCUGAAAUAUAUGUAGAUAUAUUUGUUAGAAAGAAUACUAUAUAUUUCCCUUGACAGAGUGAUGCUGAAUGUAAAAAAUGGCUCAACUUACCCCACUCUCCCCUAAACAUAUUUCAUUGUAGUUUUGAGCAUAAUGAACCAACCUUUGUUCAACGACUCCUGUAUUUGUAUUCAUUUGAGUUAAUUUACAAAUAUUAAGGAUAACAUCCAAUAUAGGCUUAGCAAAGCCUCUGCUUUCAGGUUUGGCUCAUGUUGUUCUCAAAAGCCUGGGGAAGUUCAUAAUGGAAAAGUAUGAGUGGAGCAUUGAUUGCCAGCGGAUGCUGGCUGAUUGGCUGAGUAGAUUUAGAUUUUUUUAAACAACCACCCUUUCAAUCCCUCUUCAGAAACACCAAUUAUCCAGAGUAAACUAAUUUAUGAUCCAAGCAUUGCUAGCAUGUUAUAUUUUAGAAAAUGGACAUUUCAGAAAUAAUUUAUAGUAAAUAUAUUAUAUAAUUUGGAUGUAAUGACAAAAUCUAUAUAUAUAUUUUUAUAAUAAAUGGACACCUGUGAAAAUGUUUCGCUGUUAGGUUUUGAAUCUCUGCCUCUGUUUGAAUGUGACUAUUUCAAUUGUUGGGAGGGGCAAAUGACUUGGAUACCAUCCACCGUCUUUUAGCUGACAAUAACUUCCUCAGGCUUUUGAAUGGUACGGUAUAGUCCAAGGGCUUUCAGUACUAGGCUUACAGUGCUUUCAGAAAAUAUUCAUACCCCUUGAAUUAUUCCACAUUUUGUUGUGUUACAGCCUGAAUUCAAAAUUGAUUAAAUACAGUGGGGGAAAAAAGUAUUUAGUCAGCCACCAAUUGUGCAAGUUCUCCCAUUUAAAAAGAUGAGAGAGGCCUGUAAUUUUCAUCAUAGGUACACGUCAACUAUGACAGACAAAAUGAGAAAUAAAAUUCAAGAAAAUCACAUUGUAGGAUUUUUAAUGAAUUUAUUUGCAAAUUAUGGUGGAAAAUAAGUAUUUGGUCAAUAACAAAAGUUUCUCAAUACUUUGUUAUAUACCCUUUGUUGGCAAUGACACAGGUCAAACGUUUUCUGUAAGUCUUCACAAGGUUUUCACACACUGUUGCUGGUAUUUUGGCCCAUUCCUCCAUGCAGAUCUCCUCUAGAGCAGUGAUGUUUUGGGUCUGUCGCUCGGCAACACAGACUUUCCACUCCCUCCAAAGAUUUUCUAUGGGGUUGAGAUCUGGAGACUGGCUAGGCCACUCCAGGACCUUGAAAUGCUUCUUACGAAGCCACUCCUUCAUUGCCCGGGCGGUGUGUUUGGGAUCAUUGUCAUGCUGAAAGACCCAGCCACGUUUCAUCUUCAAUGCCCUUGCUGAUGGAAGGAGGUUUUCACUCAAAAUCUCACGAUACAUGGCCCCAUUCAUUCUUUCCUUUACACGGAUAAGUCGUCCUGGUCCCUUUGCAGAAAAACAGCCCCAAAGCAUGAUGUUUCCACCCCCAUGCUUCACAGUAGGUAUGGUGUUCUUUGGAUGCAACUCAGCAUUCUUUGUCCUCCAAACACGACGAGUUGAGUUUUUACCAAAAAGUUCUAUUUUGGUUUCAUCUGACCAUAUGACAUUCUCCCAAUCCUCUUCUGGAUCAUCCAAAUGCACUCUAGCAAACUUCAGACGGGCCUGGACAUGUACUGGCUUAAGCAGGGGGACACUUCUGGCACUGCAGGAUUUGAGUCCCUGGCAGCGUAGUGUGUUACUGAUGGUAGGCUUUGUUACUUUGGUCCCAGCUCUCUGCAGGUCAUUCACUAAGUCCCCCCGUUUGGUUCUGGGAUUUUUGCUCACUGUUCUUGUGAUCAUUUUGACCCCACAGGGUGAGAUCUUGCGUGGAGCCCCAGAUCGAGGGAGAUUAUCAGUGGUCUUGUAUGUCUUCCAUUUCCUAAUAAUUGCUCCCACAGUUGAUUUCUUCAAACCAAGCUGCUUACCUAUUGCAGAUUCAGUCUUCACAGCCUGGUGCAGGUCUACAAUUUUGUUUCUGGUGUCCUUUGACAGCUCUUUGGUCUUGGCCAUAGUGGAGUUUGGAGUGUGACUGUUUGAGGUUGUGGACAGGUGUCUUUUAUACUGAUAACAAGUUCAAACAGGUGCCAUUAAUACAGGUAACGAGUGGAGGACAGAGGAGCCUCUUAAAGAAGAAGUUACAGGUCUGUGAGAGCCAGAAAUCUUGCUUGUUUGUAGGUGACCAAAUACAUAUUUUCCACCAUAAUUUGCAAAUAAAUUCAUUAAAAAUCCUACAAUGUGUUUUUCUGGAAAAGAAAUUCUCAAUUUGUCUGUCAUAGUUGACGUGUACCUAUGAUGAAAAUUACAGGCCUCUCUCAUCUUUUUAAGUGGGAGAACUUGCACAAUUGGUGGCUGACUAAAUACUUUCCCCCCCCACUGUACCUCAUAAUGACAAAGUGAAAACAUGUUUUUAGAAAUGUUUGCAAAGUUUUCACACCCCUGAGUCAAUGCAUGUUAGAAUCACCUUUGGCAGGUAUUACAGCUGUGAGUCUUUCUGGGUAAGAUCUAAGAGCUUUGCACACCUGGAUUGUACAAUAUUUACACAUUAUUCUUAAACAAAUUCUUCAAGCUCUGUCAAGUAGGUUUUUGAUCAUUGCUAGACAGCCAUUUUCAUGUCUUGUUACAGAUUUUCAAACCAAUGUAGCCCUUUCCUGCAGUCAAAUGACCUAGUGGCCUCAUGGGUGGAAUGUUAUUAAUAUUCUUCAUAAUUUCAUAAUUACUAAACAUAUAUAUUUUUUAAACGCAGAAAAUCCUGUGUUUCUAUUUCAAACAGUUUUGUUAUAUUUCAGUCUUCUGUGAUGUAUAUAAAGUGUAAUAUUGGGAUGCAAACUCAACAUUGAAUACAUUUCAACUCUAUAUCUGAUAUUGUACAGGUGUCUUCUUUUUUUAAGCCCAUAACCAUGUGAGUGAGGUGUAUACAUUUGUUUCAAACUAGAUUUGUUUAAGAUUACCAAGAAUCACUCGGUGUGACCAUGAUUUAGCCCACUGCAGUAAAAGGUUAUGUCAAAACUGUAGCUAGGCUGCUCAGGAACAUUCAAUGUCAUCUUGGUAAGCAAUUCCAGUGUAUAUUUGGCCUUGUGUUAUAGGUUAUUGUUCUGCUGAAAGGUGAAUUUGUCUCCCAGUGUCUGUUGGAAAGCAGGCUGAAUCAGGUUUUCCUCUAGGAUUUUUCCUAUGCUUAGCACUAUUCUGUUAUAUGUUAUCCUGUAAAAACUCCCUAGUCCUUGACGAUGACAAGCAUACCCAUAACAUGAUGCAGCAACCACCAUGCUUGAAAAUAUGAAGAGUGGUACUCAGUGAAGUGUUGUGUUGGUUUUGCCCCAAACAUAGCGCUUUGUAUUCAGGACAUAAAGUUAGUUUCUUUGCCACAUUUCGUGUGGUUUUACUUUAGUGCUUUAUUGCAAACAGGAUGCAUGUUUUGGAAUAUUUGUAUUAUGUACAGACUUCCUUCUUCUCACUCUGUGAAUUAGGUUACUAUUGUGGAGUAACUACAAUGUUGUUGAUUCAUCUUCAGUUUUCUCCUACCACAGCCAUUAAACGACCAAUCAGCCUGUUACCAACCCUUAGUAAGCUUUUGGAAAAAAAUUUGUUUGACCAGAUACAAUCCCUAUUUACAGUAAACAAAUUGACAACAGACUUUCAGCACACUUAUAGGGAAGGACAUUCAACAAGCACAGCACUUACACAAAUGACUGAUGAUUGGCUGAGAGAAAUUGAUGAUAAAGAUAUUGUGGGGGGGGUUUUGUUAGACUUCAGUGCGGCUUUUGACAUUAUCGAUCAUAGUCUGCUGCUGAAAAAACAUAUGUGUUAUGGCUUUAUACCCCCUGCUAUAUUGUGGAUAAAGAGUUACCUGUCUACCAUAACACAGAUGGUUUUCUUUAAUGGAAGCCUCUCCAACAUAAUCCAGGUAGAAUCAGGAAUUCCCCAGGGCAGGUGUUUAGGCCCCUUACUUUUGUAUAUCUUUACUAAUGACAUGCCACUGGCUUUGAGUAAAGCCAGUGUGUCUAUGUAUGCAGAUGACUCAACACUAUACACUUCAGCUACUACAGUGACUGAAAUGACUGCAACACUUAACAAAUAGCUGCAAUUAAUUUCAGAAUGGGUAGCAAGGAAUAAGUUAGUCCUAAAUAUUUCAAAAACUAAAAGCAUUGUAUUUGGGACAAAUCAUUCACUAAACCCUAUACCUCAACUAAAUCUUGUAAUGAAUAAUGUGGAAAUUAAGCAAGUUGAGGUGACUAAUCUCUUGGAGUAACCCUGGAUUGUAAACUGUCAUGGUCAAAACAUAUUGAUACAACAGUAGCUAAAAUGGGGAGAAGUCUGUCCAUAGUUCUACAUCAGGUAACUGAUACAAACAGUAGAAUCAGAUUUUUUUUAAACAGGUAAAAGUACACCUUAUGGAACAGUGGGGACAGUGAAGAGACACACACAAAGGUACAGACACGCAUACACACACAAGUGCUAGCACACACACUCUACACACACGUACACUACCGUUCAAAAGUUUGGGGUCACUUAGAAAUGUCCUUGUUUUCGAAAGAAAAGCAGUAUUUUGUACAUUAAAAUAACAUCAAAUUGAUCAGAAAUACAGUGUAGACAUUGUUAAUGUUGUAAAUGGCUAAUGUAGCUGGAAACGGCUGAUUUUUUUAAUGGAAUAUCUACAUAGGCGUACAGAGGCCCAUUAUCAGCAACCAUCAGUCCUGUGUUCCAAUGGCAUGUUGUGUUUGCUAAUCCAAGUUUAUCAUUUUAAAAGGCAAAUUGAUCAUUAGAAAACUAUUUUGCAAUUAUGUUAGCACAGCUGAAAACUGUUGUGCUGAUUAAAGAAGCAAUAAAACUGGCCUUCUUGAGACUAGUUGAGUAUCUGGAGCAUCACCAAUUGUGGGUUCGAUUACAGGAUCAAAAUGGCCAGAAACAAAGAACUUUCUUCUGAAACUCGUCAGUCUAUUCUUGUUUUGAGAAUUGAAGGCUAUUCCAUGUGAGAAAUUGCCAAGAAACUGAAGAUCUCGUACAAAGCUGUGUACUACUCCCUACACAGAACAGCGCAAACUGUCUCUAACCGGAAUAGAAAGAGGAGUGGGAGGCCCCGGUGCACAACUGAGCAAGAGGACAAAUACAUUAGUGUCUAGUUUGAGAAACAGACGCCUCACAUGUCCUCAACGGUCAGUUUCAUUAAAUAGUACAUUUUUACAUUUUACAUUUUAGUCAUUUAGCAGACACUCUUAUCCAGAGCGACUUACAGUUAGUGAGUGCAUACAUUUUUCAUACUGUACCCGCAAAACACCAGUCUCAACGUCAACAGUGAAGAGGCGACUCCGGGAUGCUGACCUUCUAGGCAGAUUUGCAAAGAAAAAGCCAUGUCUCAGACUGGCCAAUAAAAAGAAAAUAUUAAGAUGGGCAAAAGAACACAGACACUGGACAGAGGAAGAUUGGGAAAAAAGUGUUAUGGACAGACAAAUCGAAGUUUGAGGUGUUCGGAACACAAAGAAGAAUAUUUGUGAGACGCAUACCAAAUGAAAACAUGCUGGAGGACUGCUUGAUGCCAUCUGUCAAGCAUGGUGGAGGCAAUGUGAUGGUCUGGGGGUGCUUUGGUGGUGGUAAAGUGGGAGAUUUGUACAGGGUAAAAGGGAUCUUGAAGAAGGAAGGCUAUCACUCCAUUUUGCAACGCCAUGCCAUACCCUGUGGACGGCGCUUGAUUGGAGCCAAUUUCUUCCUACAACAGGAUAAUGACCCAAAGCACAGCUCCAAACUAUGCAAGAACUAUUUAGAGAAGAAGCAGUCAGCUGGUAUUCUGUCUAUAAUGGAGUGGCCAGCACAGUCACCGGAUCUCAACACUAUUGAGCUGUUGUGGGAGCAGCUUGACCGUAUGGUAGAUAAGAAGUGCCCAUCAAGCCAAUCCAACUUGUGGGAGGUGCUUCAGGAUGUAUGUUUUCAUGGAAAACAAGGACAUUUCUAAGUGACCCCAAAUUGUUUAACGGUAGUGUACAUUGUAAUAUUGUUGUAUUAUACAUGUUGUAUUGUAGAUAUGUAUUGGUAUAAUAAUGUAAUAUGAUGUACUGAUUUAUCUUUUGUUUCAUAUUUUGUUUUAUAUGUAAUGUAAGUGCCUCAAUAUGUUUGGACCCUAGUGACUGAGUGUAUUGAUACACCAUUCCAAGCGUAAUUAAUAACUUCACCAUGCUCAAAGGGAUAUUCAAUGUCAGCUUUUUAUUUUAUUUUAUUUUUUAUCUACCAAUAGGGACCCUUCUUUGCGAGGCAUUGGAAAACCUCCCUGGUCUUUGUGGUUGAAUCUGUGUUUGAAAUUCACUGCUUGACUGAGGGACCUUACAGAUAAUUGUAUGUGUGGGGUACAGACAUGUGGUAGUCAUUCAAAAAUCAUGUUAAGCACUAUUAUUGCACACAGAGUGAUUCCAUGCAACUUAUUAUGUGACUUUUUAAUCAAAUGUUUACUCCUGAACUUAUUCAGGCUUGCCAUAACAAAGGGGUUGAAUACUUUUUGACUCAAGACAUUUCAGCUUUCAUUUUUUAUUAAUUUAAAAAACAUAAUUCCACUUUGACAUUAUGGGGUAUUGUGUGUAUGCCAGUGACACAAAAUCUCAAUUUAAUCUAUUUUCAAUUUAGGCUGUAACACAACAAAAUAUGGAAAAAGUAAAAGGGUGUGAAUACUUUCUGAAAGCACUGUAACUACACACAAAAGGUAGACACAAAAUAAACAUUGCCACUAACUUAGCGUCCCCUUCUAUUUGCUUCCACAGGUCCGUAAAGAGUACAUCAAAUGUUUCCGCCACACAUAUUGCUGUGGUGGCUUACCAACGGAGAGCUCACACAGCUCAACAAAGACCUCUACCACAAGGACAAGUGCACGCUACUCCUCGGGCACACAGGUACUUUACCAGGGAUUCUGACUGGGAUUCAUCUCAAUGUCAGGGUAGAUUGGCAUAAACCCAGUUUACCGCAAAGUAUCACCUAUAAUAGUCAACUAGGAGUCUCCAAUGACUUCUGAAUCCAUUGAAUCCAUCAGACGCCCAAUAAUGUUAUGUUUUUCAAGACCAUUGGCCAAUGUAAAUGUACCAGAAACACAGACUGUAGUUAAACAGAGACAUGUAUACUUUAAAGUAAGCUAACUAUUUCAAACAGCAGCUACUGUAUUGCAUGGGCACCUUUUUCCACUCUACCCCUUAGCACUCGCUUUAUCUUUUUUUCUCACUAACGCCACUGCAUGGAACUAUUUGCGCUAUUUGAGAGCAUUGCAGUUUCUUUUACUCUUUGAAAAACAAGAAUGCAAAUACAAUUUUAUGUUUAUUCCUUUGUUAUUCAAGAGCACUAUUGAACCACUUUUUAAUAAAUAUUUUUGAUAGUAGACAAUGCUUUAACCACUGUCACGGUGGAAGUAGAAAGACAUAACCGUCACAAGACAUUCCCAUUUUAACUUCUAAUUAAACCUAUGGAGCACCUCCCUAUUACAUCCACUACUUUUGACAGGAAUUUAAGUAUAAAAGUAGUCACUCGAAACCUGAGUUAAUAUAAUGUGUGGAGGCCAGACGUUGCACUUAGUGCGCUUUGUGUGAAGAGUAGGUUCGCCGCUGCAGCAAUACUACAUAUACAGUGAGGGAAAAAAGUAUUUGAUCCCCUGCUGAUUUUGUACAUUUGCCCACUGACAAAGAAAUCAUCAGUCUAUAAUUUUAAUGGUAGGUUUAUUUGAACAGUGAGAGACAGAAUACCAACAACAAAAUCCAGAAAAAUGCAUGUCAAAAAUGGAUUUGCAUUUUAAUGAGGGAAAUAAGUAUUUGACCCCCUCUCAAUCAGAAAGAUUUCUGGCUCCCAGGUGUCUUUUAUACAGGUAACGAGCUGAUAUUAGGAGCACACUCUUAAUGGGAGUGCUCCUAAUCUCAGCUUGUUACCUGUAUAAAAGACACCUGUCCACAGAAGCAAUCAAUCAAUCAGAUUCCAAACUCUCCACCAUGGCCAAGACCAAAGAGCUCUCCAAGGAUGUCAGGGACAAGAUUGUAGACUUACACAAGGCUGGAAUGGGCUACAAGACCAUCGCCAAGCAGCUUGGUGAGAAGGUGACAACAGUUGGUGCAAUUAUUCGCAAAUGGAAGAAACACAAAAGCACUGUCAAUCUCCCUCGGCCUGGGGCUCCAUGCAAGAUCUCACCUUGUGGAGUUGCAAUGAUCAUGAGAACGGUGAGGAAUCAGCCCAGAACUACACGGGAGGAUCUUGUCAAUGAUCUCAUGGCAGCUGGGACCAUAGUCACCAAGGAAACAAUUGGUAACACACUACGCCGUGAAGGACUGAAAUCCUGCAGCGCACGCAAGGUCCCCCUGCUCAAGAAAGCACAUAUACAGGGCCGUCUGAAGUUUGCCAAUGAACAUCUGAAUGAUUCAGAGGAGAACUGGGUGAAAGUGUUGUGGUCAGAUGAGACCAAAAUCGAGCUCUUUGGCAUCAACUCAACUCGCUGUGUUUGGAGGAGGAGGAAUGCUGCCUAUGACCCCAAGAACACCAUCCCCACCGUCAAACAUGGAGGUGGAAACAUUAUGCUUUGGGGGUGUUUUUCUGCUUAGGGGACAGGACAACUUCACCGCAUCAAAGGGACGAUGGAAAAUCUUGGGUGAGAACCUCCUUCCCUCAGCCAGGGCAUUGAAAAUGGGUUGUGGAUGGGUAUUCCAGCAUGACAAUGACCCAAAACACACAACCAAGGCAACAAAGGAGUGGCUCAAGAAGAAGCACAUUAAGGUCCUGGAGUGGCCUAGCCAGUCUCCAGACCUUAAUCCCAUAGAAAAUCUGUGGAGGGAGCUGAAGGUUCGAGUUGCCAAACGUCAGCCUCGAAACCUUAAUGACUUGGAGAAGAUCUGCAAAGAGGAGUGGAACAAAAUUCCUCCUGAGAUGUGUGCAAACCUGGUGGCCAACUACAAGAAACUUCUGACCUCUGUGAUUGCCAAUAAGGGUUUUGCCACCAAGUACUAAGUCAUGUUUUGCAGAGGGGUCAAAUACUUAUUUCCCUCAUUAAAAUGCAAAUCAAUUGAUGACAUGCGUUUUUCAGGAUUUUUUUGUUGUUAUUCUGUCUCUCACUGUUCAAAUAGACCUACCAUUAAAAUUAUAGACUGAUCAUGUCUUUGUCAGUGGGCAAACGUACAAAAUCAGCAGGGGAUCAAAUACUUUUUUCCCUCACUGUAGCAAACAUAAUGAAAGUUGAUCUCAACAGUGAGUCCUAAUAACUGUCCCUUGUUAAUCUGACAGAGCCGUAUCAGGAGAAUGUGGAAUGACACCGUAAGAAAGCAAUCUGAGUCCUCCUUUAUCUCAGGUGACAUCAACAGCACCUCCACCCUUAACCAAGGUCAGUCACACACCUCAUCUCGUCUUCACACACCAUUCACCAUCAUGGAGACAAAAAAUACAUUUUCAAGUACCAAUGAUUUCAUACAGAGGGGCUAACAUCCUGGGAAAUUGUAGUGAAUGCUUUGGGCUUGAUAAGACUUGCGCACUGGGCUAAAAGGGAUAGCAAGGAUAGUCUCCCUGUUCUGUUCUGCCAAUUGAGGAUUACAGAAAUCUGUCCUCAAAUACCUUGUGCUGUCAUUUUGCGCAGUAAUGUCGAACACGAAAUGGGGAAGCCACUGUACUGUUUGUACUAAGUCCAAAGGUCAUAUUGCUUAGUCCAUUAAAAAAAGAAGAAGAAGGAAAUGCCAACAAACUCAAAAUAUUUUAUUGUAUUUUUUUUUUUACCUAUGUUUGCUUGACACGCAGAGGCACAUGAUUUGGUUGGCAUGUAAGGUGACCUCUGCUAUUUCAGGGAUUCAGGAGGGAGGAAAACAAACUUGUCAUUUAUUAUUUAGCCAGUGCACAAAUAUGAUGAUGAGAAGAUGAUGUUCAACUCUGGGUGACCCUGAGUGCUUAGUGUGUUGUUCAGCCUUUACUGCUCGGCAUGGCUCUAAAAUGGCUUUCCAAGUAUGCAAGGAAAGAGGUUACCCUGAGGUAGUCUGACUUCCCCCUUCCAAUUCCCCCUUCUUCUUUCACUCUUCAAUUUCCAUGAGGUAAAAUGUUACGAGCAGUAGUUUGAAAUUCAUUUUGUCAAUAUUGUUUUGUCCCGAUAAGCUGUAUAUUAGAUGUUAAGGUUGCAUUUAUCUAUCAUUCUCCAGUGUACUACCCUAGUUACCCUUGAGUAUACUGUACUGAGGAUGGCCUGCUCUUCAGAAACCACUCCUUGUCAUUAUAACAUCCUCAGAGAAUACCCUACAAGAGUGAUGGGGUUUUAUAGGACACAGCUUAUAAAAAUGUGACUGGAAAUGUCCUAGUCUUUAAACAUGAUGCAAGAAAUCCAUGGUAACAUUAUAAUCGGGUUGAAUUUGAGUAUUUGAAGAAAAGAUCUGACAUUGUAAAGUAUCGGUAUCCAGGUGAAGUUAGUGUUAUGUUAUUUUACAAAAGAGACAAGGGUGUGGUCAUUUAGUGUGUACACGUUUACGCAAUUGGAUCAUAGGAGUUCAACUAAAAACUGUGCCUUGGCAGUAGCAAUAGACAAAAAAAAAGCAUUGCACUGCAGAAAAUACCUGAUAAUGCAGUUUUAAGAAUUAAUUUAUAUUCACAGUAAUAGAAGGCAAAAUGAGAGCACAGUUUUUUCACCAGUUACCUUUCUUGCCAAAUAACAAAAAUAUGAAAAGGCUGACUUGAUAAUUUUGUUCUGUUGUUGCAUUGCUUCUCAUUUACAUAUCAGAUUGGAGUAGAAUUAGAAUGAGGUGAACAAAAGUGCCUUUUGUGGUAGUCACUGUUUAGAUGUUCUAUUUCCCCUCUGUAUCAUAAUCCUUGCUUCCACAAAAUGCCUGUUCACUUUGCUCUAGUGACAUCCAGCGAUGGUCAUAGAUAAUAUUAAUAUCUUGUCCUCAAUAUUUUACCCCAAAUGUAAUAUUUACUCUGAAAAUAAAGGCCCAGUUUUAGAUGUACUUGACAUUUUGUUCCAUAAAUCACCCCAAAAAACACUCAAUAUACCAAUGCCAAAAACUGAUCUCUGAUCUGUCUUCUUCUGUUUUACCGCCUCCAGGAAUGACGGGCAAUUAUCUACUAACAAACCCUCUUCUUCGACCACAAGGCACUAACAACCCUUAUAACACCUUACUGGCUGAAACAGUCGUAUGUAACGCUCCCACGGCUCCAGUGUUUAACUCUCCAGGUGUGCUUACUUAACACUUCUUGACGUACAGUUAACUUCUUCUUCUCUCUUCAUUUUUUAUACUUUGACCUGGUUUUUUUUAUGAGUUAUUGUGGCCUUAUCAAGAUCAGAACGUUAUUGAGUAUCAACUUCCACUCUGGAUCUCAGCAGGAUCCCCAAAUGGGUUACAGACAUCGGUCGCUGAAAUCGGUGUUGUAAGAAAGCACUGUGUGUAUGACUUGGUUUGCGAUUUAUUACGAGACCUCUGGUGUCCAGUUUCACAUUUUGGUCUUCUAAAGUUUCUCUUGAAUGAGAUAAAGUGAUUAAUCUAGGAUGGAGAUACUACAUGUUCUGCCUUGAAAAGACAGUAUAAACAAUGUCAUAGCCUUUAAACAUACUCUUAAAUUGCAGGAUUAUUGAGAUUGAUGAUUGUUGAUUUAUUUAUUUUGUGUGUUUUUUGCUUUCUCCUUACACUUUUUCCUUGAGAUUUUUUUUAAUGAUUUUCUGCUAUUUAUUUAUUUAGUGUUUUGGGGUGAACUUACCCCUUAAACUGUAUACGUUACAACACAGACAAGCUGAAAUAUUCAGUUUGUGCUUGAAUAUUUGUGUAUUCAUGAAUGUGACACACCAUGAUUUAGAUCAACAUUUGAUUUUGAUCAAUGAAAUGUUAUUCACAUAUGAUACAGUGAGGGGAAAAAAGUAUUUGAUCCCCUGCUGAUUUUGUAUGUUUGCCCACUGACAAAGAAAUGAUCAGUCUAUAAUUUUAGUGGUAGGUUUAUUUGAGCAGUGAGAGACAGAAUAACAACAAAAAAAUCCUGAAAAACGCAUGUCAAAAAUGUUAUAAAUUGAUUUUCAUUUUAAUGAGGGAAAUAAGUAUUUGACCCCCUCUCAAUCAGAAAGAUUUCUGGCUCACAGGUAUCUUUUAUACAGGUAACGAGCUGAGAUUAGGAGCACACUCUUAAAGGGAGUGUUCCUAAUCUCAACUUGUUAGCUGUAUAAAAGAUACCUGUCCACAGAAGCAAUCAAUCAAUCAGAUUCCAAACUCUCCACCAUGGCCAAGACCAAAGAGCUCUCCAAGGAUGUCAGGUACAAGAUUGUAGACCUACACAAGGCUGGAAUGGGCUACAAGACCAUCGCCAAGCAGCUUGGUGAGAAGGUGACAACAGUUGGUGCGAUUAUUCGCAAAUGGAAGAAACACAAAAUAACUGUCAAUCUCCCUCGGCCUGGGGCUCCAUGCAAUUCUCACCUCGUGGAGUUGCAAUGAUCAUGAGAACGGUGGUGAAUCAGCCCAAAACUACAUGGGAGGAUCUUGUCAAUGAUCUCAAGGCAGCUGGGACUACCAUAGUCACCAAGAAAACAAUUGGUAACACACUACGCCGUAAAGGACUGAAAUCCUGCAGCGCACGCAAGGUCCCCCUGCUCAAGAAAGCACAUAUACAGGGCCGUCUGAAGUUUGCCAAUGAACAUCUGAAUGAUUCAGAGGAGAACAAGGUGAAAGUGUUGUGGUCAGAUGAGACCAAAAUUGAGCUCUUUGGCAUCAACUCAAUUCGCCGUGUUUGGAGGAGGAGGAAUGCUGCCUAUGACCCCAAGAACACCAUCCCCACCAUCAAACAUGGAGGUGGAAAGAUUAUGCUUUGGGGGUGUUUUUCUGCUAAGGAGACAGGACAACUUCACAGCAUCAAAGGGACGAUGGACGGGGCCAUGUACCGUCAAAUCUUGGGUGAGAACCUCUUUCUCUCCGCCAGGGCAUUGAAAAUGGGUCGUGGAUGGGUAUUCCAGCAUGACAAUGACCCAAAACACACGGCCAAGGCAACAAAGGAGUGACUCAAGAAGAAGCACAUUAAGGUCCUGGAGUGGCAUAGCCAGUCUCCAGACCUUAAUCCCAUAGAAAAUCUGUGGAGGGAGCUGAAGGUUCGAGUUGCCAAACAUCAGCCUCGAAACCUUAAUGACUUGGAGAAUAUCUGCAAAGAGGAGUGGAACAAAAUCCCUCCUGAGAUGUGUGCAAACCUGGUGGCCAACUACAAGAAACGUCUGACCUCUGCGAUUGCCAACAAGGGUUUUGCCACCAAGUACUAAAUCAUGUUUUGCAGAGGGGUCAAAUACUUAUUUCCCUCAUUAAAAUGCAAAUCAAUUUAUAAAAUUUUUGACAUGCGUUUUUCUGGAUUUUGUUGUUGUUAUUCUGUCUCUCACUGUUCAAAUAAACCUACCAUUAAAAUUAUAGGCUGAUCAUGUCUUUGUCAGUGGGCAAACGUACAAAACCAGCAGGGGAUCAAAUACUUUUUUCCCUCACUGUACCAGUCCUGACAACUGUCACUAGACACUGUUUGGUAAACAAACAGUUAAUUUAGCAAAGUUAUAAUGAGAUGUUAAAUUUAUUAGUCCAGUACUUCAAUUUGGGUGUUGGGAUUAUUAUGUUACAAUGCAAUGAAUUUUUUUUAAAUAAUUAAAUUACAUUGUAUAUUUUGUCAUGUUUUUUUUGCUUUCUCCUUACGCUUUCCUCUAGUGACCUACAGAGAGACAAGUAUGGGAGUAAAACUUAACUUUGCCUAUCAAAUGUAAAUUUAUUUCAGCAUGCUUAUUAAAAACAACAACUCCCUGGUACAUCAAUGGUCAUUGGCAUUUACUCAGUGGGCAAGUGGUUCACAAACUAUACCAACCAAAUUCUAUUCCACCAUUAGGAAAAUACCACUCUCCGAUAUUGCAUUCCUUUGGGUUCCAACAGCUAUCAAAGACAUCUGAGAAAGGAUGGUUUUGUUAUACCUCAGAUACUCUUCUUCUUUCUCUUAGAUGUGUAUAAGUAGUUUGUGAUCUGCAGACAUCAACUGUAGCUUUGUUACUGGGGUGGCAAAUAAUAUUUCCUAAGUGAAUUGAGAGAAGAGAGGCUUCCUACGUGAAUGCCUUUCCCUGUGGCACUCAGCAGUCUCAGUGUCCAGUUACAUUCCUCUCACAUCUCUCCCCUAUUCUCCAGACAUCACCUGUGUGGGGGAAAAUUGUUCUCCUAGUGAGGCAUAAACAAAAUGUACGAACGUCAUGGUAGCAGCUGUAUUCUUUUGUUGUUGUUUUUGUUCUCUUUCACUCUCUCCUUUCUUGUCAUUUCUCUCCUCUCAUCUCCUUUAAACUCUGUGAUGUCUGUUUUACAUGUUGGUGUGUCUGCAACACAGGAGGUUGGUGGCACCUUAAUUGGGCAGGACGGGCUCAUGGUAAUGGCUGGAGCGGAAUAGGUGGAAUGGUAUCAAAUACAUCAAACACAUGGUUUGAUGCCAUUCCAUUUACUCUGUUCCAGCCAUUAUUAUGUGCUGUCCUCCCCUCAGCAGCCUCCACUGGUCUGCAAAAAUAGUCUGUCCCCUUAUCUGAACAACAGCAUGUCAACAUAAAAUACCCAUUCCUCUUAAUCUCUCUCUUCUAUCUGUGGCAGGAAUUUAUCUUUUUUUUUUCUCAAUUUCUUGCUGUGCCAAAGCUGUGUUAGCCACGGCAGAUACACAACCUCUCUCUCCAAUCACACCCCACUAAUAUUUAUUCUAUCGCCUCCUGAUUUCCAUGACCCUGUGCAUACAGAAAUUCCUAACAUGACUGCAUCUGACCUUCCCAGCUGUUUGUUUAUCUUGGGCUGAUCUUGUAAAAUACUGGGAACUGUCAUUUUGACUGAUGUGAACCGCAGGGCUGCCGGCUAACUCUGACCUUAACUUUCGAGCCAUGGGCAGAGACUUGCCAGAGAGAAAAUACAAAAAACACAACACAGACACCACUCAAUUAAACAAAUACAACCAAAACAAAUUUAAAUUAAAAAAAUAUAUAUAACAAUUGGUGGCAUUUAAUCUUUAAAAAAAGCUUUGAUUGCUUUUUAAUUUAAUUUGCUGAACCCUUGCUCUAACUAAGUUGCUAUGUUUUAAUUUUUUUUCCUUUCAGUGAUUCUUCAUCAUGUUACAAUAAAUCAUUUUACUUUCUUUUGUACAUCAGCUACUCUUAGGCCAGAUAGCCUGAACAGACAAACAUGAUGUGAGUUGUCCAAAGUGAGUCUCCACCUGCUGUCUGUCGUGAUGUCGGAUGGUGCUUGUUGGCCCUGAAGUGAGAAAGAUGGCUGUCCGUGUUGACCAUGACUCUCCUUUCUGUAUAUACAUUCAUAUUUUCCCAUUAUUUUCCCCUGUCACCUCCAACAAUGAGUUGCUAGACAACUUCUUGUCUAUGUCGUAGCUUGCCCAUUUGUGGCUACAUACCAGGGCCCGGUUUCCUGAUAGUGAUGGAACUUAGGCUUACGAGUGUUUUAAUGAUGCAUCUUUCCAACAACGGCCAAAAAUGUAACAUGCAUUUCCCAAAACACCACGCAGAGAGAAUUUUUGCUAAGUGCGUCGUUGAGGCAUUUGUCGAAACUGAAAGAAAGGAAGCACUGCUCUCGGAUCAGCGUUCUCCCACUCCUCUCGGAUCUUACCGUAACAUUAGAAUUAUUCCACAAUACUGAUGACGGAUCAGUUCCUAGAGAGAUAUUACCACCUAUGACUACAAAUAUUGAGGCAUCUUAUUCUAAUGCUUACCCUAUAAAAAUGCACUAAAUCAAGAUGUUGCACAUCAUUGCGCACGAUACACAUGAUGAAAUAUAUUGAGGCAAAAAUUACAGACAGUAGCGUACAAAUAGCUCAAUAAAACGCAAUUGAAUUAACAUUACAUGUAUUUAAAUAUCAUUCAAAUAUAUAGAUCUAUAUAUGUAGCCUAUGCAGGAUUUAUCUUUUAAUACAGGUAUUUCGGUUUUAAUUUGAAGCGUCUUUAUAUCCUUCGCUUGUUAUGCAAAGAAAUUGGAAACUUUGUAUUUGUCGUCACUGUCACAUUUGUUCUGAAGCGUUCAGCAGUCACAGAAAGACAGAUAAACAUCUUGAUUUUGUGUUUGGCGGAGAUCUUCUGUGUAUAAAGUGACGCGGAAGGGAAAAAAAGCAUCUAACGAUGUACUUAGCUGUUCUACAAGUGUUCUGAGGCAGCCGUUAAAUAACAAACGUUUUCAAGAUCAUCUUUAGUAACGAUGGUUUUGGGAAACAGCUCAGAGAUUUAACUAUGCUCCAACGAAGGAUCUAAUGAUGAACGUAGCCUUUGAUGCUUUUGGGAAACCGGGCCCUGUACAUUUACCUCUGACAUGUGUGUUGUGAUGUUCAUGAUUCGUUCACGUUUUUUAAUGUUGUUUGGGAUCACGUAUGUACCUUUGUCACUGGUGCGUCAAAGGCAGAAUAUUUUAGUGAAUUGGAAAGGCUUUUAGAGAAAGUAACAGUUCAUGAUAUACAAAAAAUGUCAAAAUUACCCCAUAACUGAGAACGUAAAUUGAUUGCUCAUUGUGUAUAUGCAUGCAUACACAUUUUCCUUAAAGAUUGUGCCUAAUUAGUAGCAUGUUACAGCUGAUUCUCAGUCUUGUGUCAAAUUAUCUCCAGCGUCCUGAACAGCAUUAAACCACUUUUCUCAUUUUUUUCUUAUUUCUCUCGGAACAAUGGUUGUGACUAAUGUAAAUCCCCUCGUAUGUUUUCUCAUUCCAGGACACACACACACACUGAACCAUCCCAGGGACACCAGUGCAAUGGAUACUCUACCGCUAAAUGGUAACUUUAACAAUAGCUACUCGCUUCGCAAUGGGGACUACGGCGACAGCGUGCAGGUGGUGGACUGUGGACUCAGCCUGGACGACGCAGCCUUUGAAAAAAUGAUAAUAUCGGAGCUGGUGCACAACAACCUACGGGCUUGCAACAAGAGCCACAACCACCACGUGGAGAGUGGGGCUCCUCUUCCUCCAUUGUCCAAGAAGGUGCACAUGGUGGGCGGGAGCAGCAGGGAAGAUGACGCCAUCGUGGCUGACACCUCAUCUUUGGUGCACAGCCACAAUAUCAACACACCGGUGGGCCUGGGCAUAGAGCUGCACCACCGGGAGCUGGAGGCCCCACUCAUUCCCCAGCGGACUCACUCACUUCUGUACCAGCCGCAGAAGAGAGUGAAGACCACAGAGGGGGGCUUGGAGAGCUAUGUCAGCCAGCUCACGACCGACGAGCACGAAGACAGCCUGCAGUCCCCAAACAGAGACUCUUUGUACACUAGUAUGCCUACCCUAAGGGACUCUCCAUACACCGAGAGCAGCCCCAAUGCGGAGGAGCUGGAGGACCUCUCGAGCCCCUCUAAGAGGAGCGAGAACGAGGACGUUUACUACAAGAGCAUGCCUAACUUAGGAGCAGGACACCAGCUCCAAGCGUACUACCAAAUAAGUAGAGGAAACAGUGAUGGUUACAUUAUCCCUAUUACAAAAGAGGGCUGCAUCCCUGAAGGAGAUGUACGGGAAGGACAGAUGCAGUUAGUGACAAGCCUUUAA